GUUUCCAAACCAAAAACCAGCGUCUCUUCUCUUUCUUCAGCAGUUCUCCAUCUGCCUCUUUCUCUCACCACCGACUGUCACUACCACUGUUGCUGGCCACUGUCCAUCCCCAUCGUCGCACGUCGCCACCGCCAUUGCUGAAAUCACCACCAACACUGCCGCAAAUCACAGGGUCUAUGAAUAAUAAAGAAAAAAAAAAAGAAGGAACAAGGCAAGAAUUGGCUUAUUUGGGGAAUGUGGAAACGUUGGAUUUAAGUUCUAAUCUAAUUAGUGGGAUCCAAGGUUGUGAGACCUUGUCAAGAUUGAAAAAGCUGGGGACUUUAUCCCUUAGUGACAACUACUUCAACAAGAGCAUCAUUCUAUGUUUAAGUUCAUUGAUAUCUCUGAAGAAUCUUUUUCUUGGCUACGCUAACUUGGGAGAUUUGUUUCCUGCCCAAGAAUUAACAGUGCUCGAAAACUUGGAGAUGCCGGAAUUAGCUGGAUGUGGGCUUAGCUCCCUAACAAUGCAAGAUUACUCACACAAAACUAUUGGUGGGAAAAAACUGUCAGGAAGCAUAAUUAUAAAAAAAAUUACAGCUCCUUACCCUAUGUUAAGAAAGCCAGUCUCAGUUCUGUCCACUAUGAAGUGAAAAUCUUUUGAAGUACUUAUAAAAGCAAUAAGUCUGUCAUGUUCACUAUGUUCUCUGUAGUUGACUUCUAAUGGCAUUUGAUUGUGGUCAUAUGCUACUAUCUAAGUGGACUUCUAAGUUUGUUGCACUCUAUUGCUAAUGCUGCUAUACUGUUGGGGUUUGUUGGAGCCUCUCUGCUAUGUUGGUGCCUCUAUGAUGUUGUUGUGCUGCCUCUCUGGUAUAUAUUGUUGUUUUGUUCUAGUGCAUCAUGAUCUGUUAGGGUAUAACUUGUGAUGGGGUUUGUUGCACUCUGCUGCUAAUGCUACUGCAUUGCUGGGGUCUGUUGCUCUGGUUUUUAUUGUUGUUUUGUUCUGGUCUAUUUUGCUUUGCUCUGUUGCUACUUCUGGCUUUGUUUUCUUUGUUGGUUUCUCACCAACUAGGAAGUUGGAGCUUUGUUUAGCUCCAAGCACCUCUUUAUUGAUGUAUCUUUUCAUACUUUGUAUGGUUUUAUCAUCAAUAAAGUCUUUCAUUUUGCCGAUCAAAAAAAAAAAAGAAAA